AUGCUUGUGCUCGUCAACACCAUAGCGUCGUUUUCGCUUGGAUGUUUCGUGAAUCUGCGAGAACUGACAAUAAACGCGCGUAACGUGGAGUACAACCCGAGAAAGCUGAACGCAGCGACGAUAAGAUUUGUGCAGCCGAAACUUUCCGCGACGAUUUUUGGUUGUGGGCGAGUUAGUCUGUGUGGAAACAUAACUACUGAAAACAUCAAAUACUAUUCGAAGUACAUCACAAAGCUCGUUAAGACGUGUGGACAUGAAAACGCGCGUUGUGAAGACCUCAAAAUAGACUGUUUAUCAUUUUCUGCUAACUGUGGUUUUCCGAUUCGACUGGAAAAGUUAGCGAUAGACCACAAUCGUUACUGCCACUACGAGCCUGAAAUUUACUGCGGGCUUGUGUACCGAUACCACAUUUCGAGCGAGUUCAAAGCGACAAUUUUGAUCUAUGUCAGUGGUCGUUUUUUAAUUACUGGCUGCAAAAGGCCUUCUCAGGCGUACGAAGUUUACCGCAAUCUUUACACUGUUUUAAACAUUUAUCGCGGGUAG